GGACAGAUGUGCACUGUCUUUGUUAUAUAUUCACAAAUGAAAGUUAUACACUUACAGGUGUCUGGUGCAUGGCUUAGGGUAUCCUCAGCGCUCUUUACUGGUGUAUUACGGGCGGCUCUUGGACAAGUUGGGAGCCUGCUUCUUCGAUUUACCACUCCUUGACCUAGCCAGCGAUCGAUUCAAUCGAUUUAAGCUCGAAUCUUAUGGGAAGAUCUACCCCAUCAUUUGCUACUCCGUAAAUUUUCCAGGCCUUUGAGCAGUAAGGCUAGUUGAUAUAAAAGUGAAUAAAUAUCCAGAAUUACUGGGAACUGCAUGCAGAAACACUCACCCUUCCUAUUGGCAACUUUCUCUGGUGUAAAAGCUCGAUAUGCGACCGGGUGCUGGUGAUGGAUGUCUUCAUCAAAGCCACGACCUAUCUGCCGUAUUUGAUCAGAGGGGACUCCAGCUUUAGUGAGUUUUAGCUGAGUCACUUAAUAAUUAUAAAUGGAACGUAGAACCCACUCCGACAUGACAGUUACAAUCGUUCCACUGAUGAAUAGUUGCCUCGAGUGCAUCGAGUGUCGUUCACAACAAUCACUUCCAGUUCUGACUACAGUAUGAACUCAUUCGAGUGUCUCACGCGACGUUGUCUGGCCGGAGUGUUCUGGCUAAUGGGGCUAGUGCCGCUGCCCCCCAGCUCCCAGCCCUGCUCCCUGCUGCUGUCCUUGGCGAUUCGCUGCUGUUGGAUUGUGUACCUCGUAUACCUGCUGGCAGUCGGCAUCGGCUUCUGGUCGGUGGCCACGGAGAGUGUGGGCAAUGUCGUGGGCACAAUGCUCUUCAUGGGCAGCACCGUUUUGGGUCUGCUGCUCCUCCUGGAGAGCGUGCUGAAGCAGAAGACCCACGGACAGCUGGAGGACCUGCGCUUCCAGUCGCAGCUCCAGCUGCAGCGCCUCGGGAGGUUCGGACGAGGACGCCAAGCCGCGUACCUGCUGCCUCUGAUUGGGACCCAGUUCGUCUGCGAUCUGGUGAGAGUCCUGAUCAGCGCCGAAGUCGGGACAAUGAUAUCCCCAGUGUUCUUGAUCUCCCUGCCGCUCAUGUGGCUGCUGCGCCUCCGCUACGUGCAGCUGGUGCAGCACGUGAUGGAUCUCAACCAUCGCUCGCUCCAGCUGCGCCGCUCCCUGCUCGCCCUGGCCACGGGCAACGACCUCUGGCAGCCGUACGGCGUCCAGGAGUGGGCCCAGCUGCAGACCCUCCGGAAGACCUACCAACGCAUCUUCGAGUGCUACGAGGUGCUUAGCGACUGCUACGGCUGGGGCAUGCUGGGGCUGCACCUGGCGACCAGCUUCGAGUUUGUGACCAACGCCUAUUGGAUGCUCACGGGACUGUACGAGGAGCAGAACCUCUUGAUCCUCACCUUCAACGGAGCCACCGCCGUGGACUUUGGCACGCCCAUAGCCACUCUCUCGUGGUACGGCGAUGCGGGGGCCGAAAAUGGUCGCGAGAUCGGUUGUCUCAUCUCCAAGCUGGUGAAGCCGCUGGGCAGCAGGCGCUACAACCAUCUGGUCAGUGAGUUCUCCCUGCAGACGCUGCACCAGCGCUUUGUGGUCACCGCCAAGGACUUCUUCAGCCUCAAUCUGCAUCUGCUGAGUAGUAUGUUUGCAGCCGUCGUCACUUACUUGGUCAUUCUCAUACAGUUUAUGUUUGCGGAGAGGAGUGCCAAUGCGUAUCCGGGAUAGUGGAUAGCAGAGGAGCGAUGCUGGAUUCCGCGAACAAUCGUUUGGUAAU